UGGGGGUGUAUUCAUUUCACCAACAAUCAUUAGCGCCGUAAAUGCAACAUAAGCAACCGGUCCGUCCAGCUAGCGGUCCCAGCAAACUAACGGGCUCCCUAUGCCGUAUCGACCCAGCUCUUCCGCUUGAGAACACUUCGUGGAAGCUACUGGGGAGUUUUUGGUCGCGCUGUGGAAGCAACAGGUUCGUACCAGUGGAUUUAAACCGCGGGAACAAGCUUGAAGAAGACGGCUGGAAGCUGGAAGAAGGGCGCGCCGUUUGCUUAGCGGAAUUUUCUUGUUUGCAUUUUGCGAUGGUGGUUCUCUAACGCUAGGAUCCCCUUGUGAUACACACUUAAUUCUACGGAGGAAAAGUUCGCGAACAACCCCACAUCAUGGCUGAGUUUUCCUUCCAUCUAAACGACGAGGAAUACGGAGAUCUCGACGACCACGACGAGUUCGGCAAGAUCAUCAAAGAACGUUCAGACGAACGAGAGGACGUCCAGAAGAAAACCUUCGCAAAGUGGAUCAACAGCCAGCUUUCUAAGGUUGAAGGCCAACAGGUUCGUGAACUGUUUGAAGAUCUGAAAGAUGGAACCAAACUUCUCAGCCUGCUGGAGAUCCUCUGUGGAACUAAAUUGGCUCGCGAGAAGGGUCGUAUGAGAGUACAUUACCUGAAUAACGUCAAUAGAGCACUGCAAGUACUAGACAAGCAUAACGUAAAGUUAGUUAAUAUCAGUAGCAACGAUAUCGUAGACGGGAACCCCAAGCUGACUCUGGGCUUGGUUUGGAGCAUCAUUCUCCACUGGCAAGUAAAGGAUGUUAUGAAAGACGUGAUGGCUGAUCUACAGCAAAGCAACCUGGAGAAAACUCUCCUCGCCUGGUGCAGGCAAACCACUCAGGGGUAUAGAAGUGUAGACAUUGUUAACUUCACCAGUAGCUGGAGGGAUGGAUAUGCCUUUAAUGCACUCAUCCACAAGUACAGGCCAGACCUGUUUGAUUAUAAUAUCCUGUCUAAGAUGGGCACAGAGAAGAGGCUGGAACACGCCUUCAAGGUGGCCAACGAGCACCUCAACAUCGACAGACUCCUCGACCCUGAAGAUGUGAAUGUGGAAAUCCCAGACAAGAAGUCCAUCAUCAUGUACGUGACGCUGUUCUUCCAAGUCUUGCCGCACCAGAAGAUAACCCAGGAGGCCAUGCAGGAGGCCCUGGAGGUGUCUGCUCCGGGCUACGCCGCCAAGCAGAGGGCGCUAAAAACCGUCAGCAACAAGCAGGAGACAGAGGUUCUGGUGGAUGGUACCGUGACCAAAACCUCGACGGUCACCAUCCAACGGAACGAAAGCCAGGUCGUGGUCAAACAGGAAGUAGUGACCACCAAGGUCACACAAGGUCAAGGUCAAACAACCACCAAGGUCAAACAACAGGAAGUGAAACAAGAGGUUCAAGUGAAGCCCGAGGUUCAUCAACUCAAACAAGAAGUUCAACAAGUCAAGCAGACGCAGGGGGCCACCCGUGCGAGCCCCGCUCGCCAGAGAAGCGGAGUGGACCUGGGAGCUUACCAGAAUGCUCUGGAGGAGGUCCUGGCCUGGCUCCUGGCCGCGGAGGAGAAACUGCAGCAUCAGGGAGACAUCUCCGACCUGGUGGAUGAUGUCAAGGACCAGUUUCAUGAACACGAGAGCUUCAUGAUGGAGCUGACAUCCCACCAGAGCCGCGUGGGGAGCGUUCUCCAGGCCGGGAACCAGCUGAUCAUGGAGGGGAAGAUCACGGAGGACGAGGAAAACGAGAUCCGGGAGCAGAUGAGCCUCCUCAACAGCCGCUGGGAGGUGCUCCGCGUCCAGUCCAUGGACAGGCAGUCCAAGUUGCAUGAGGUGCUGAUGAACCUGCAGCAGAAGCAGCUGGACCAGCUCGACGCCUGGCUGUCCGGCACGGAACAGCGUAUCAAGGUCAUGGACACGCAGGGCAUCGGGCCCGACCUUGACCAGGUCCGCAGGCAGGUGGAAGAACACAAGACGCUUCAGGAAGGCUUGGAGACUCAGCAACUGCAGGUGAACUCCCUGACUCAUAUGGUGGUGGUGGUGGAUGAGAACAGUCCUGAGAAUGCCACCCAAGCCCUGGAGGCACAGCUGCAGAACCUGGGGGAGCGGUGGGCCUGGGUGUGUAAGUGGACGGAGGACCGCUGGAUGGUGCUACAGGAGGUGCUGGUGCGAUGGCAGGUGUUCAACCUGGAGCAGAUGGACUUCCACGACUGGCUGACCGACAAGGAAGGGGCUCUGCAGACCAUGCAGCACGCCAACCUCAGCGACCCCAACGUCAUUGUUGCACAGGUCAAGAAACUAAAGAUUUUAGAACAUGAGAUGGAGGCCAAGCAGCCGACCUUCCAGGUGUUGAGCGGGAAGGCUGCGGAGGUUGUGCAGCAUCUGGACCGCUCCUCCUCUGCCGUGGAGGGGAUUCAGGGCAAGAUCGAGGAGUUCACGCAGCGCUGGGAUGCCAUUGUGCAGAAGAUGGAGAACUACAGUAAACUGAUGUCUGCCUCGGCUGCCGUCCCGAAGAAGACGACCACCAUCACCGAGACGGUCACCAAGAUGACUCAGAAACUGACCCAGAAAACACCGCCGCCACCACCUCCUAAGAAAGCAGUGAGCCAGCAGAGAAGGAGGUUUGACAGCGAGAUCGCGACACUUCUUGCCUGGAUCGACGACACAGAGGCCCUGCUGUUGUCGCCCGCCUACACCAACCCAGCUACCUCAAACAGCCUCCAGGCUCAAACCGACAAGUUCAACCAGCUGGACGAGAACAUCAUGUCCUAUCAGGGCCGCGUACAGACCAUCCAGGAGACCGGCGAAACCCUCAUCGAGGAAGAGGAUGACAAGAUUCAGCUGGAGACGCGCCUGAACACGUUCAUGGAGCGCUGGAACGAGAUCUGCGUGCUGAUCAACGACCGGAAGCGAAAGCUUCAGAUGGCGCGACUGUGUAAGCAGUUCUACACGGAGCUGGACGUCCUGAGGGACGUCACCGGGAGGAAGAUGACCUGGCUGCAGGGACAGGACAAGCCCAGCGACGAUGCAGUCAAGAUUAAACAGCAGAUGGAUGAACUACAGGUUGAAGUUACGGACAUGGCAGCGCACACUAAGCAGUCUGUUGAAGUUACUGACAUGGCAGCACACAGUGAGCGUGUAGAGCAGCUGAACAGCCUGGGCUCUCAGCUGGCGGACUCCUCAGACCCGCCCAAGAACCUGCAGCAGGACCUGACUCAGUUCCAGCUGCAGUGGGAGGAACUGGUGGCCAAGAUGGCCGCCAGGGAGAAGGACCUCACCAAAGCUCUUGAGCAGGCCCCUCCUAAACAGUACCUGGAGGCCAUGAAGGCGCUGACACAGUGGAUCGAUAACGUGGAGUCUCUCCUCACCACGGAGAAGUUCUACAUCGCUGACAUCCCCACCAUGAAGGAUCAACAGCAGAAGUUUAAGGAGGUACAGCAGGCCCUGAAGGACCAGCAGAAGAGUCUGGACUUCGUGAACACCACGGGGAAGCAGGUGGUGGAGAGUUCCCCGCCGGACCGGUCCCGCGGCCUGCAGAAGGAGCUGAACGGGCUGAACGAGCGCUGGAGUAACGUCUGCGCCAUGACAGAGGAUCGGCUGGAACACCUGGACAAGGGGGUCGAGCUCCUCACGCAAUUUCAGAAAGAAGGUGAUGGCCUGCGUACCUGGAUGGAUGAGGUGGAUGUGUACAUCCACUCAGAAGAGGCAGCAGUAGGUGACACAGAAACCCUACAGGCUCAGCUAGAACAAAGCAAGUCCCUUCAGAAGGACAUCGCCUCCCUCCAGCACAACAUGAACAACGUGAACGAGGCGGGGAAGAGGCUGGUGCCUGAGGCGCACCCCGACUUCUCCAAGAAACUCAAGCAGGAGCUGAAGGACCUGAACGAACGCUGGGACGCCAUCACCAAGAAGCAAAAGUCUCAGAAGCAGAGUCUUGAGGGAGCGAUGAAGAAGACGAGCUCUUUACAGCUGCAGCUGGAGGCCUUCAGCGAGUGGCUGACUGACAAGGAGAAGGAGGGACUGAAGGAAGACGGGCCUCUGGAGGACCCUGAUGACAUCCAGCCCAGGAUCAAGAAAUAUAAGAAACUAAAAGCAGACCUAGACAAGAAAGAACCCGAUCUGAAGGCCCUGAACACCGUUGGUAACGAGAUGGCGACGAAGACUGGCAGCCCGGGCGGACUCGGCAAUGACCUGCAGGUGGUCAACGAGAGAUGGACUGUGCUGUACAACACCGUGAACAAGCGCUACGAGGUUUCACAGGAGGUGUGGACCCUGUGGCAGCAGUUCCAGGUGUUACUAGAACAGGAGCAAUCCUGGCUGUCCACCCUGGAGACUAAGACCCAACAGACUGAGGCUGUGGGCGGAGAUGCAGAGGAAAUAUCUGAAGCUCUGGAUGCCCUUGAGAACCACGUGCGGAACCACCCGUCAGACAACAGGGACAAGAUCCAGGAGAUCUCCCAGCAGCUGGUGGAGCACAAGGUUCUGGUGGAGCCUGUACAGACGGAGGUCACGACCUUCACCUCACGAUGGGACACUCUGCAGCAACAGGCUAAGCUGCGCCAGACAGCCCUUGAGCAGCGGAUUGCCAGUGCCCAGGACCUGGAGAAGGAUGUGCUUGAGCUGGAGCGCUGGUUCACACGGACAGACAAGCUUCUGCACUCGCGCAUCACCUCGGGCGUCUGCUCCUCCGAUGUGCCUGAGGAGUUUGAGCAACUACAGGACGAGUUUGAUGCUCGAGACGAAGACCUGGAGGAGAUCGGGCGGAAAUGUCAGGCACUGAUGACGGAGGGCAGCACAGAGGCCACCACCAGGAUCAGGCAGCAGUCUGAGAUACUGCAGAAGCGAAUGGUUGAGAUAAAGGCAAAGUUCCGCAAGUACCAGAAGCCGGCAGACUUCGAGCCGAAGAUGGGUCGCGUUCGAGACAUCCUGAACAACGUUGAGAAGGAGCUUGGAGUGCUGGAGCUCAAGCACCAUGAGCCUGAGAUGGUGCAGGGGCAACUCGACAUCUGUAUGGGCCUGUACAAGAUCCUGAGCGAUGUGAAACCUGAGGUGGAGUUUGUGAUAAAGACUGGGCGACAGGUGGUGGAGAAGAGUCAAGUGGACAUCACGGAGGACCUUAACGAGCGGCUUAACGAGCUGAAACUCCAGUAUAACGACCUGGGUGCUCAGGUGGGUAUGCUGCGGGAUCAGCUGGAGGGGAUGGUGACGGAAGGAAAACAGGAUCUUGAGAAGGCCAUGAAGCUGUCUAAGAAGCUAAAGAAGGAGAUGGUGUCCCUUACGGAGUGGCUGGGCACUACCGAGGCCGAGCUCAACAAGAAGGAGGCAGAGGGCGCCAUCCCGGCUAAUGUUGAAGAGGAACUCAAGUGGUGCAAGACCCUUCAGCAAGAGAUGACCAGGAAACAGUCCGUGGUGCUGAUUAUCAAUGAGACAGGGAAGGAGAUGGUGGAACUCGCAGGGCCCGGCACCCUCGGUCCCCUGUAGAUACAUAAACAAACA